AUGUGUCGAUGGUUUGCAUAUAUCGGCGAAGAGCCUGCUCUUCUGGAAGAUAUUCUUAUUAAACCAAAGCAUUCGAUCGUCAAACAAAUCGAUGCGCAUUUUCUUCCAAAUCUUCAUACAACCUAUGAUCCACAUCUUGGUCGAAAAAUGUGUAGUUCGGGUGUAGCUUCUGAUGAGCAUGGUCCAAAUCAUUUUACAAAUGUCGACGGUUUCGGUGUAGGUUUCUACACGGGUGUUAUUGCCGAAUUCAAUGACGAUGCUGUUGACAAGCCAUGUGUAUAUCGAAGUACACGUCCACCUAUCAACGAUCUUAAUCUAGCGUCUCUCUGUGCUCAUACAGCAACAAAAUGUAUGUUCGCACACAUUCGGGCUGGUACGGGGAUGGCACCGAUUGUUGAAACAAGCAAUCAUCCGUUUGUUUUUGGUCGUUAUAUGUUCAUGCAUAAUGGAGUUGUAGCGAAUUUUUCUCAGAUUAAAGUGAAGUUGUUGAGCAGAUUAUCAGCGAAAGCUUAUGAAAACAUAUUUGGAACAACCGACACCGAGCACGCAGCUGCUCUUUUCUUUACGCACUUAGGUGAUGAUUGGGAAGCUGAGUUGUCAAUUGAGCAAUUGAAAGAAGCUAUGAUUAAGACUCUUCAGGAUCUACUUACCCUUGUUCAUGAAACAAUGCAAAACAAUGAAGACGCUCGACUCCAUAGCUCUUUGAAUUUUGCUGUGACGGACAAUUGUCAUCUAUUGGCAAUUCGAUUUUCGUCGAUGGAUGAAUUCGAACCACCGUCAUUGUACUAUUCAACAACAGCUGGUCCAACACUCAAUCGAAAGUAUUCCGAUCAUCCUGAUGGAAAAGCAACGCGACGAAAAUCAAUACGUGAUACUCAUGAGCACGGAAAACAUGUUAUCGUUGCCAGCGAACCGAAUACAUACAAAGCAGAAGAUUGGCAUUUAGUUCCACCGAAUUCAUUUGUUCUUGUGAACAAAGAUUUGGAUGUAGCUAUUGAAAAAAUUCAAUUAUAA